AGAGCACCUGGAAACACUCCAGGUGGUGCACAGGGCAUAGCUGAGGGGCUGUGAGCGAGAAGGAGGGAGCAGGUGUGUGUCUGGCUCUUUCAACUGUUGGCCGUCAUGCAGCAGAGAAAGUUGGCAUUUGGUGGGAUCUUGGGGUCCAGGAAGUGAUUGGAAAAUGAUCUCUCCCACACCUGGAUUUUUCUUUGACAGAAGAAGGGUAAAGUCUGUGUUUCAGUUUCCUGAGCAAACAAAACCUAUAUCAUUGGCUGUGGAUGUCCCCGGGGGCGUGUUCUGCUCUGAUGCAGGAGCUGUAAAGGAGCUCAGCAGGGGCAGGCCGGCUGGGCUCAUCUUGCACUCAGCCCUUCCUCUUCAGUUCUACUUCUUCUUUGAUGAGGACGGCCUUCCAGGGCGCCCUACGACUCACUCGAAGGCAAUGGCAGCUGUGAUGAUUGGUGCAGCGGUUGGAGGAGUUGCAGCGGUGGUGGCUGCACCCGUGCUGCUGGGCGCCGUAGGCUUCACGGGGGCAGGAAUCGCCGCCGGCUCUGUGGCGGCCAAGAUGAUGUCAGCCGCGGCCAUCGCCAACGGGGGCGGCGUGGCGGCCGGCAGCCUGGUGGCCAUUGGGCAGUCCGCAGGCAUGGCUGGAUUGUCUACAAUAUCCAACGUCAUCCUGGGGACUGUUGGGUCCGCUGUUGGGGCGCUGUUGUUUAUUUAGGAAGAAUGAACACUCCUUUCUAAGCAGCGAGGCGCACGAAGCAGCAGCGGGCUCCAACAUGGAGGUGUUCCCCAGGGUUCCAGGCGCAGGUCUAACGUACAGCCAUGGCGACUCAAAUUAUUCAAAGAAGCACAAAAAAUAAAGACGAGCGGCCGAGACCCUCCACGAGCGUGGUGCUGUGUCGGCGCGUGGGCUGGC